GAGUCAUGAUGACCGGCGGAAUAUGCCGGCUGCGUGGACACUUUUAGAUCCAAGAAGUCCGUGUCUGUGGACGAUUUUCACUCAUUGAAAUUAGUCAAAACAGCAGUUAAAAACAUAUAAUAGCACAACGGCAUAACUGAGUAACGCCACGGGUGUCGAUCGAGCCCACAGAAGCUAGCGGAAACGUGAUCUCAAGCUUACGUGAAGGCUGCACAUUACAGACAUCAAUCUUCUAGUUAAACCGUUUCCAAGCUACUCUAAGAGAAGUUUUGAUGAGUUUUUAGUGAGUGCAGAAAGACAUAAUGUAUUGGCUUGGAUUGUGAAAAGACUGGUUCAAGAUAGCAAAAUGGGCUGCAAGACUAAGGCCCUCGAUGAUCUCAUACAGUCAUUGUCGUAUCACAAUGUUCGUCCAUUGAUAUUUCAUGGCUAUAUGCUGCCAUUUAUCACACUCUAUUUGGUGUGGCUGUACAUAUGGCUAUUUGUUCAAGGCUAUGAAGAACAUUUUGAGAUGGGAUUGGUUGGCAUAGCUGUGAUAGGCUUUAUCCAGAUUCUCACAAGCUUAUUUUGCUUGUGGUCAGUGUCUGUCAGAGUUCUUCUAACUACAUCAGCGGUUCAGCGGCCAUCACAGGCCUCUUAUAUCAAGGUUGUGCCGACCCCAAAUAAUGGCUCCUCAGAGCUGAUCCGACUGCACCAUGGCAAGGACAGCAGUGGAGCAGAGGUCAUCUGGUUCAGGUUCCAGAAGGCCAAGUACUUCUGGGAUGAUGACAAGAAGCAGUUCAGGGGCCUGGAGUUUCCGGUCAACCAUUCUUUGGGCUUCUACAACUCGUGGCGAGGGUAUGAAGAUGAAGAGGAGCUCAAGAAGGCCGAGUUCACGUACGGAACAAACCUGCUGGACCUGGACGUGCCCGAGUUCGCUGAACUGUUCAAGGAGAGGGCGGCCGCGCCGUUCUUCGUGUUCCAGGUCUUUUGCGUCGCGCUCUGGUGUAUGGACGAAUACUGGUACUACUCGAUAUUCACUUUGAUGAUGCUGGUGAUGUUCGAGUGCACGCUGGUGCAGCAGCAGCUCAGGAACAUGUCCGAGAUCAGAAACAUGGGCAACAAGCCGUACACCAUUCAGGUGUACCGGGGCCGCCGCUGGCGUCCGCUGCCCUCGGACCAGCUGAUUCCCGGUGACAUCGUGUCGGUGACGCGCUCGGAGCACGUGGUGCCCUGUGACCUGCUGCUGCUCCGCGGACCGUGCAUCGUAGACGAGAGCAUGCUGACCGGCGAGUCGGUGCCGCAGAUGAAGGAGCCAAUCGAGGACGGCGAGCCGGCUCAGCUGCUCGACAUGGACUCAGAGGCCAGGCUGCACGUGCUGUUCGGCGGCACGCGCGUCGUGCAGCACACCACGCCGCCAAAGACCACGUCCACGCUCAGAGCGUCGGACAACGGCUGUCUGGCGUACGUGCUGCGCACGGGCUUCUCGACGUCUCAGGGCCGUCUGCUGCGCACCAUCAUGUACGGCGUGAAGCGGGUGACGGCCAACAACCUGGAGACGUUCGGCUUCAUCCUCUUCCUGCUGGUGUUCGCCGUCGCCGCCGCCAGCUACGUCUGGAUCGAAGGCACCAAGGACCCGAGCCGCAGCCGGUACAAGCUGUUUCUGGAGUGCACGCUGAUCCUGACGUCGGUGGUGCCGCCCGAGCUGCCCAUCGAGCUGUCGCUGGCCGUCAACAGCUCGCUGGUGUCGCUCAUCAAACUCUACGUGUACUGCACGGAACCGUUCCGGAUCCCGUUCGCCGGCAAGGUGGAGAUCUGCUGUUUCGACAAGACCGGCACGCUGACCAGCGACAACCUGAUCGUCGAGGGCGUCGCCGGACUCAGGGAGCGUCCGGAGAUGUGUGAGAUCGCCGAGGCGCCGCCGGAGACGGUCCAGGUGCUGGCCUCGUGCCACUCGCUGGCGCAGCUCGACGACGGCCUGGUCGGCGACCCUCUGGAGAAGGCCACGCUGACGGCUGUCGACUGGAGUCUGACCAAGGGAGACGCCGUGAUCCCCAAGAAGGGUAAGAUGCCGGGCCUGAAGAUCUUCCACCGGUACCACUUUUCGUCGGCGCUGAAGAGGAUGUCCGUACUGGCCGGGUUCACGGAGCCGGGCACGUCCGAGACCCAUUACCUGGCCACGGUCAAGGGCGCGCCGGAGACCCUCAAACCGAUGUUUGUGGACGCCCCGGACGACUACGACGCCACCUACCUGAAGAUGUCGCGGCGGGGCGCGCGCGUGCUGGCGCUGGGUCGCCGGGAUCUGGGCCGUCUCAGCCACCAGCAGGUCAAGGAGCUGACCCGGGACACCAUCGAGGCCGAGCUCGAGUUCGCCGGGUUCGUCAUCAUCUCCUGUCCGCUGAAGGCCGACUCGCGCGCCGUGAUCCGCGAGAUCCUGGCUGCCUCGCACCAGGUGGCGAUGAUCACGGGCGACAACCCGCUGACGGCGUGCCACGUGGCCAAGGAGCUGCGCUUCUCGUCGGGCGGACGCACCAUGCUGAUCCUCAGCAGGCGCGGCGGCGACGACUGGGGCUGGCGCAGCAUCGACGAGACGGUGUGGCGGCCGCUGGAGCCGACCUCGUGGGCCGAGCUGCUGGCCCAGCACGACCUGUGCGUCACCGGCGAGGGCGUCACCUUGCUGCAGCAGCGCUCCGAGCGCCUGCUGCAGACCGUGCUGCCGCACGUGCGCGUGUUUGCGCGCGUGGCGCCCAAACAGAAGGAGCUGGUCAUCACCACGCUCAAACAGCUCGGCUUCGUCACGCUGAUGUGCGGCGACGGCACCAAUGACGUGGGCGCGCUCAAACACGCGCAUGUCGGUGUGGCCAUCCUGGCCAACGCGCCGGAGCGGCUGCCGAGUAAGCGGCGCCGGGAGCCGGCGGCGGCGCGCGAGGACGCCAGCUCGCCGCGCGACCGGCUCGAUCAGAUGGUGGCGCGCGGAAAACUGGGCCGCCGAAACGAGCGCGCGCGGCCCGACCGGCCCACCAACGCCCGCCAGGAGCGGCUGCAGCAGCUGCAGACGAUGCUGAAGGAGUUGGAGGAGGAGGAGGGUGCCCAGGUGGUGAAGCUCGGCGACGCCUCCAUCGCGGCGCCCUUCACCUCCAAGCUCUCCUCCAUCAACAGCGUGUGCCACAUCAUCAAGCAGGGCCGCUGCACGCUGGUCACCACGCUGCAGAUGUUCAAGAUCCUGGCGCUGAACGCGCUCAUCCUGGCCUUCUCGCAGUCGGUGCUCUACCUGGACGGCGUCAAGUUUUCUGACGGCCAGGCCACGCUGCAGGGCAUCCUGCUGGCCGGCAGCUUCCUCUUCAUCUCCCGCUCCAAGCCGCUGAAGGUGCUCUCCUCUCAGCGGCCGCUGCCCAACAUUUUCAACGUGUACACGAUCCUGACGGUGCUGCUGCAGUUCGGCGUCCACUUCGGCUGCCUGGUGUUCCUCGUCUCCGAGGCCAAGGCGCGCAUGCCUGUCAGGGAGAGCGGCUUUCCGGACCUGGAGAAGGAGUUUGAGCCCAACAUUCUCAACUCGACCGUGUACAUCAUCUCGAUCACGCUGCAGGUGGCCACGUUUGCCAUCAACUACCGGGGCCACCCGUUCAUGGAGAGUCUGUGGGAGAACCGGCCGCUGCUGUACAGCAUUGUCGGCUCGCUGGCCGUCGUGUUCGCCAUGGCCAGCUGCGUGAUGCCCGACCUCAACGAGCAGUUCUCGGUCGUCAUGUUCCCGGACGACUUCCGGACGGUGCUGGUGCAGGUGCUGAUGGCCGAUAUCGUGCUCUCCUACAUCGCCGACCGCGUCGUCCGCUUCCUGUUCGGACAGGCGCGCCUGCGACGCGAGCUGCGCACCUGACUGCCGACCAGCUAGGUCCCAGUGGGUCACAGCCGGCCCCGGCGGCGGCAGUCUCCGCUCCCACUAGGUCACAGCCGGCCCCCGGCGGCGACCGGUCGGCGCGCCCGCCCGCCCGCGGCGCCAGUCCCCGCUGCCCGCCGAGCCGUCAGGGACCGUCCCUAGUGGGCUCGUGGUCAGCUGAGCCGGGCCGCCCGACUGCUGGCUGCUCCCGAACGGCUCGGGCAGUGCCGCGGGCGGCGGAGACCGUGAUCGAGCCGGUGAUCAAUGUCCCUGGGCCCGCGGGGCCGUCCGCUCGGGGACCCGGGGGACUGGUUACUGCCCCCUCGGGGACCCAGGGGGACUGGGUACUGCCCCCUCGGGGACCCAGGGGGCCGGUACUACCCCCGUGGCGACCCAGGGGGCCGGUACUACCCCCGUGGGAACCCAGGGGGGCGGUACUACCCCCGUGGGGACCCAGAAGGCCGGGACUGUCCCCUCGGCCCUCGGGGACGGCGUGGCGUGUCCCCUCGGGGAGCCGCGGGUCCGCCAUCGGGCAGGCCGCUGCCGCUAUUGGUGUGGGCUAUUUAGGUGUGUGGAAUGGAAUUGGAAUUGGAUGGGGUGUGGGUGAGCGGUGUUGAUCGCGCUUCUGUGGGUUGCGACAGUCGCGGGCGGCGCUUGCCGCUGUCACUGCUGAGAGAUUUGUGCACUGCAACGGGAGUAUGUCGAUGUCAAUAAUAUAACCAUCACUAAG